AUGACACUAAGCGCCACCGUUCUGUUCUCCUUCGCCUUUGCGUCUUUCAUUCUGGCAAUCAUCAUCGAAAUCCUUGCCCAGCAGAGUGAGAAGAAGGGUGGUUUCGCCCUUUCAAAAUCUGCGGACGACAUCCCUGCCUUUGCCAACUUCUGUUUUCUAUUCGUACCUACAAUUGUUGCCGUCAUAUACAGUUUACUAUGGAGUUGGAUCGACUUGGACGUGAAGCGAACACAGCCAUGGUUGGAAAUGUCGAAGCCAGAUGGGACGACAGCAGAGCGCUCAGUAUUUCUGGACUACCCCUACGACUUCAUUGCUUUCGUUCCCCUUAAGGCGGCCAGAAGACGGCACUGGGCCGUGUUUUAUGGCGGGACAGUCAUGGUGAUGAUAUUCUGGCUGAUAACCCCUCUUCAGAGCGCAAUACUCGGUAGCGGGCCUGUGGACAUCCGUAGACAAGUGGUGGUAUCGGCCCCAAAAGUCAUUCGGCCAGCAUCUGAACAGAUCGGGAUAGUCGACCAAUCGAUACUUAAUGAAGGCUAUGCCAUCACGUGGCUCAACCAACAGUUGCCGCCUUAUACUACGGCCAACUACACACUCCUACCGUUCGUUGUUGAUAGCGACCUGACGCGUGCCGCUUCAACCAACUGGACCGGAUCUACAACCAAAUACUGGACCGAGCUCGAUUGCUGGCCUGCCACGUUCACCCCUCGAGGCCCUGGUUACGACUUCCUCGACGGACGUGGUUGCAAUGCCACCGAACUUGUUCCUUACAACGGGGAAGCCACUCCACAUGACCCUUACAAGAUGCAAUAUUACGGCUACCACCCCAGUGACUGGGCCGACUACUGGCUAUCUCAGACAUGCUCCAAAGCUGCAGCUCAUCAAUUUUUGGCCAUCUGGGCCCGGAAAAAGGAGAAAAUGGAUGUCAGCGCUGUUUUCUGCGAAGCAAGUUACUUCAAGCAGCAAGUCAACGCCACCGUUUCGUCUGUCGCCCAAAUCCCUAUCGAAGGUAGCAUAGUGCCAACAGGGCCCAGAGAAGUCCUGUUGCCGACCGAGUUCAACUCGUCUUCCUUCGAACAUCUUCUAGGAGCCGGCGUUUCGGUAGUUGAAAUGCAGGUUAAGAGGGAAUACCCUUUCGGGCACCUGUUAGAGCAGCAUCCGCAGAUCAAGCGCUUCGGCUUGAGGUGGCCCUCCUCACCGCUGGUUGGAUUUGCGGUUGGUCUACAGAGCGUAACCACUCUCGAUGUAUUCGAGGAUGACCAGAUCCUGGGGCAGGCCUUCACCAAGACACACAGACUAAUGUUUUCUCUUGGCUUGCGCCGUGUUUUGACCAACGCCUCUAGCGAGACCGCUACUAUGGGCUUUCUGGACUUCGAGCGGCACGGCAUCGUUGUCAGCCGGCUUUAUUCGGCUAUUGUCGAAAGUCUCUUGGUAGUGGUUGGCAUCUUUACGAUACUCCUAUGGUGGCACGGCAUGAGAGCGCCUAGCCGACUCGCGAUGGACCCAGCAUCCUUGGGGUCGCUUAUCAGCAUCUGCCAGAACAGCUCGAAACUACUGGACAAAUUUGCUGGAAAAGGUUGCCUAACCGAUGAGAAUCUGCGCGAGGCAUUUCAAGACAAGAGGUUCCAGCUUGUUUGCGGUUGUCAAACCCGAUUCAAGGAAACGAUUAUCAAGGUAGUCGACAUCCGCGAAGAAUUCUGUGAGAGUCAACGCAUUAGUAUUCCCGAUUCAGACAUUGGACUUUCCCAAGGCCACUAUUCGCCUAUCAAGCCUCUUGCUCUAAGGAAAGAAGUUGGCGCGAUGGUAAUUCUCACUAUGACAACGGCCAUUGCUGCUCUUGUCUACUUGAAAUUGGAAGAACAACGCGUCGGAGGCGAGUCGCUUUUGCGGGAGCCCAUUUUCCUCCAAAUCUUGGAGAAUUACAUCCCCACCAUGUUCGCAACCUUGCUCGAGCCGUUUUGGGUCCUCGUGAAUCGGUUACUGUGCAUCAUUCAACCCUUCAAGGACCUCUGGAACGGCCAGCGGUCAGCUAACAGCUCGAUCAAUGCGAGAUACACCUCAGUGCCACCGCAGCUUGUGAUAUGGCGUGCGGCCAAAUCCGGCCAUCUGGUCCUCGUCGCCAUCUGCCUAUUGGCUCUUCUUUCGAAUCUUCUCGCCGUCGGCCUUGGUGGUCUCUUCAACGAAAAGCCCGCCACUAUCAACACCACCUGCGAGGUGCAGCAGACGAUGAGGCCGUCUUUCAACAAUGAUUCGGUCAUGAGCAUUGAUAGUCAGCUUUCCUUCGCCCGCAGUAUUGCAUACGAGUCACCGUUCUACAUUGUUAUGAACAACAUAUCUCAAGGCACGACUCUGCCACCGUGGGUCAACAAAGACUACUUCUUCCAGCCCUUUACUAGCGUUCCAGGCCAGGAAGCCGAGGCAGAAGAGCUCACCGUUCGAACACGAGGGUUUGGAGUUCGCCCCUCCUGUUUUGUUGCCGACACUAUAAGAAGCAUAGGCACUGGCCCGGUCCUGAACUACACAUACACACGCAAUGGAGAGCCUGUCCCCAGCUGCCCGACAACAUUCCAGGAAAAUGACUUGACUCUCAAUCGGUCGUUUACUGGAGAGCCCACUGGACAUGGUACCGCCGAGGUUGUCAGAUCCUUCCACCGGCGGGGUUCUCGCACACCUUGUGAGGUUCCUCUGGUUCUCAGCUGGUCUCGAACACCGAGUAUAACUAAGGUUGACGGCGAGAUUGAAACCUGGCAUGUUGUGUGCGAACCGAUAUUUACUACUAGCCUCUUCGACGUCACGGUCGACCGACAGGGCUAUGUUCUCCGAGCCGAUCAUGCAUCCGAACCCUCGGCCACGCUUGACGACCCUCUCACCACCAACAACACCGACGUCAUAUCAACGUAUUUGAACUAUAUACUUGGCGACGGAAUGCCUGUUCGCUGGCACAAUGAUAGCCUCUCACGCGAGUUCAUGAAUUAUCUUCUCAAGAUUCAUCCAGACAAUGCCAACAACAUACUCGAUCCCCUCGAAAAGCCCGAUCCCCUCGCCCUUCUUCCGUCCAUCGAAUCCAUCUAUCGCCAGCUGUGGGCUAUCAUGCUCCAUUUGAACCCCCAGUUCUUCAAUACCUUCACGGAGCCAGUCAGGAUCUCCGGUACCUGCCGCAAGACAGACAUUCGAAUCUUCAUGGACAGCAGCGCUCUCGUCAUCAGCAUCUCGGUCCUCGCCCUCAACGUCGCCGUCGCGGUAGUCCUCUACGGAUUCACCAUCACGCACUUUCUUCCGCGGAUGCCGACGACGAUCGGCUCGGUCCUGGCCUACAUGGCCCCCAGCCGCGCGGUCCGAGAGUACGACGGGCCGGACAGUCUCAAGGGCGCCACCUUCAGCUUUGGACGGUAUGUCGGUGACGACGGGCGUGCACAUAACCGAGAACUGGAUUACUGA